CUAACUCGGGCUCUCGACACCACUGAGGUGAUCCUCGACACCUUGGCUAGCUUCUACCGAGGACCUCGGUCCAACGUCCCUCUCCCCGUUUACAGAGCCUCUUAUAAGCCGGCCAAGAAAUGCACACGCGUCCAUUCUUCCCAGUCGCCGCCGACUCCGACGACACCCAUACAGGCCACACGCCAUGUCUCCCCUCCUCAACCAGAUCACCGCGCCGCUGGGCGACUCGGCGCUGUUCGGAGCCCUGCGUUCGGUGAGGGAUGCUCUCCCAAACUGGACUGGGCAUCCAGUCGCUGUAGCCGCCUGGUGGAUCCUCGGAACAGUCACCGCUCUCGCCUUCUUCCUCUACCCGUACCAGUACCUCAGGUGCACGUUCAAAACACUCCCUGGUCCACCGCGCACCUCCGUUUUCUUUGGGAACGCGUUUGAGAGUAUGGAGGGCGAACCUGGUGUCCAGCACACGGCUUGGCUGAACAAGUAUGGCAAACAUGUUCGCCUCCAUGGGAUCGGCGGUCGCUCCACGCUCCUGACCGCUGAUAUCACCACUAUUGGUUACAUCCUCCAACACAGCUACGACUUUCCCAAGCCCGCCUUCGGCAGCAACCUGCUUGGCCCCCUGCUGGGCUGGGGACUGCUGAUCGCUGAGGGAGCCGACCACCGCCGCCAGCGCCGAGUCGUACAGCCCGUCUUCGGCCCUGCGCACGUCAAACUCAUGAUUCCCGUAUUCCUCCAAAAGUCCUAUGUGCUGGCCAAGAUGUGGAACGACCUCAUCGACUCCAAGGGCGACCCGGUCAAGGCUGGCCUCGAGGCAUCUGACUUUGCGGCGCCAAACCCCGGGACAGCAGCCGACAUUAAAGCCGCAGGCGAUGAUGGCCUCAAGAUCGACACGCUCCGCUUCUUCAACCGCCUCGCCCUCGACAUCCUCGGCGUCGCUGGCAUGAACAGUGACUUUGAUAGCCUUCGCAAGAGCAACAACAAGCUUUCCAACUCGUACAAUGACAUCAUCGCCGCGGUGCACGCCAUGACACCGAUGCUCCUGCUGGAAACGUUGUUCCCCAUCUUGCGCAAGCUUAUCCCUACGGAGAGGAACAGGACUGUAACCAAGAACGUGGCGGUCACGAAGGAGGAGAGCAACAAACUCCUUCAGGCGAAGAAGAAGCGCAUCCUCGGCGAAAAGCAAGGCAUCCUCGCGCCCACCGAUGUCGACAAGGACAUCCUGUCCCUGCUUAUCCGCUCCAACACAUCUGCUGAAGUCCCUGAUGAUCAGCGAUUGAACGACGACGAGGUCCUGGCGCAGGUCACAACCCUUCUCUUCGCCGGUCACGAGACUACCUCUACCGGCCUGGGUUUCCUGGUCGCGCGCCUCGCCGCGAACCCCGACGUCCAACAGAAGCUGUUUGAGGAGGUCUCCCAGUACCCAGAGGAAAUGCCCGACUUCGACCAGCUCAACUCGCUUACAUACCUCGACCAUGUGGUUCACGAAGUGCUGCGCGUCGACAGCCCCGUCAUGAUGACAAUUCGCGUUCCUGACAAGGACUGCAUCCUUCCCGUUGGCCAACCUAUCGUAGGGACCGACGGCAAGCUCAUCGAAAGCAUCAGCGUCAGGAAGGGCACGAACAUCUACAUCGAGCUCGGCUAUGUCAACAACAGUCCCGAAGUGUGGGGCCCAGACGCAGCCGAGUUCAACCCGGACCGUCACGAUCGCCCGCCUCUCGAGAAGGUGCCCGGCGUCUAUGGCAACCUCUUGUCCUUCCUCGGAGGCGCUCGCAACUGCAUUGGGUACCGGUUUGCCGUUACCGAGAUGAAGGCGGCGACCUUUGUGCUGGCUCGCAACUUCAAGUUUGAGCCACUGCCCAGCAAGCCGCCAAUCAAACGAGAGUGGAUGGUUGUCCAGCGCCCACUCGUCGAGACAGAGACCAAGUAUGGACCGCAGAUGCCUCUGCUGGUUCGAAAGCGCCACGCCCACGAGCUAUAGGCGAGCAGUGCCGAGAAGUCUCGUCUGCGACGCGGCUCAUCGAGACUCGACAGUGGAGGUGCGCGCGUGGAAGUGUCGGUUUGUAGGACACCUCCGUACCAAGUUAUCAGUUCCAUAGCCCGUCUUUCUGCAGGCAGCCAUCAAUUUCUCGGGUCAGUGGGCAACGGCCUGCAGGGUGGGUGAGU